AUGAGUGCCCAUCGUGACUAUUCACAGUCGGCCCAGCCGACUGAUCACCGGUCCGACUUUCACUCCCAGCACGCUUCAGACCUCGGCAAGGACGGAGCGGAUAUCGAGUCUUCGUCGGCCUCGGGGGCGCAUCUCCUCAACAACACGGUCAAGUCCAUCUCGUGGACAAACGUCACCGUCAAGGUGACCGAUAGGGACACGAAGCAGCCGCGACUCAUUCUUGACCAGGUUGAGGGCAUUGUCAACGCAGGCGAACUCGUCGCACUCAUGGGCCCCUCGGGCUGCGGCAAGACGACCCUCUUAAACAUGCUGGCCUCGCGACCGACCGGAGCCGGAUCCACCGACGGGGCAGUCCUCGUAAACGGCGCGGAGCCCACUCGGGCCGCCUUCCGACAGAUGAGCUGCUUUGUGGAGCAGGAGGAUGCACUGAUCGGGUCCCUGACCGUCCGGGAGACUCUGAUGUUUGCAUCGCGCCUCUCCACCAGCAGCGGUUCGCUCUCGGGCACGGAGAGGAUCAGGCGCGUCGAUGGACUCCUGGCCGCGUUUGGCCUGUCCGACCAGGCCUCCACGUUGAUCGGCACACCGAUCCGCAAGGGCAUUAGCGGUGGUCAGAAGCGCCGGGUUGGUGUGGCCAGCCAGCUCAUCACUAGCCCAAAGAUCCUCUUUCUCGACGAGCCGACGAGCGGGCUUGAUUCGGCUGCCAGCAGGGAGGUCAUCAGCUACUUGAGAAACGUGGCCAAGCGUAACAAGUUGAUCGUGAUCGCCAGUAUACACCAGCCGUCGACCUCGACCUUUAUGCUCUUUGAUAAACUCUGCCUCCUGUCUCAGGGCAAGCAGCACUACUUUGGGCCCGUCGCCGAGGUCGUCCCUUAUUACCAGUCGAUCGGCCUCACCGUCCCGCUGCACUCCAACCCGGCCGAGUGGCUGCUCGAGCUGAUCAACGUCGACUUUGCCGAGGACAGGGAGAACGCGCAGGCCCUGCUGGGCAGGCUGCAAGACGCAUGGGCCAGCUCGUCUUGUUGCCAGCAGCUGCGGGCUGAUCUGCGGCAGCUGGGGUCGUUUGGGUCGACAGGUGCAGGGAACCUCGCCGGCUCGGAUGGCCAUUCCGAAAAGAAGCCUGGUCAGCUCAGCCUGGUCCUGACGCUCCUCCAUCGCUCCUUUAUCAAAAGCCACCGCGAUGUGGUUGCCUAUGGAAUCAGAAUGGCCAUGUAUACAGGUCUAGCCAUCAUGAUGGGCACCGUGUGGCUUCGGCUCGAGCCUGAACAGAGCUCCAUCCAACCGUUUAUCAACGCCAUUUUCUUUGGCUCAGCUUUCAUGUCCUUCAUGGCGGUUGCCUAUGUGCCGUCGUUCAUCGAAGAUCGCCUGCAGUAUGUCAAGGAGCACCACAACGGUUUGUAUGGUGCAACAGCAUUCAUGGUGUCGAAUUUCCUCAUUGGUAUUCCGUAUUUAUUCAUUAUUGCCAUCUCCUUCUCAGCCAUAUCGUACUGGCUCAACAACUUCCAGCCGACCGCACAUGCGUUUUUCGUAUGGGUCAUGUGGGUCUUUCUCGACCUCUUGGCCGCAGAGAGCCUGGUCGUCUUGUUCACCUCCCUGUUCCCCAGCUUCGUCAUCUCCCUGGCUCUCGUGGCUUUCGCCAACGGCCUGUGGAUGUCGGUGAAUGGUUUCAUGGUCCAACCGACCAUCUUAAACGUCUUCUACAAAUACGUCUUUCACUAUUGGGACUACCAAAAGUACGUCUUUGAAGGCAUGAUGAUCAACGAGUUCGCCGACCGCUCCUACGGCUGCGGAGAGUCGUGCCAGUGCAUGUACGUCACGGAGCUUGCCGACAAAUGCAGGAUCGCCGGCGAGGGCGUGCUGAGGCAGUACGGCUACAGUACGGGUCACAUGGGCCGAGACGUUGGCAUCAUGGUCGGCAUCAUUGCAGGGUAUCGGAUAGCGGGCUGGAUCGCGCUCAAGUUGAGGACCUGA